UUUGGCAUUGGCAUCUUAUCUUAUCGUAUCCUAUAUUUGCAAAUCACAGAAACAGAUUAAAAAAUUAAAAAAAGAAAAAGAAAAAAUGCCGUUGAGUGUGCAAAUGCUUCAAUGGGCGCCAAUUUCAUCCACCCCUUCUUCUUCUUCUUGCUUUGGUAGGUUUGCAGUUUUGGUUCACUGUUACCAUCGUUCCUUCAAUUCCUAUCCCAAUGGCGGAGUCUCAGCUCUCAACCUCGGUUUCCACUAUCUUCCAACCCCAAAGAGGAGAAGUGCAAUCGUUCUCGCCGGCAUGGAAGACACUGAACUCCGAGCUUCAACUACCCCACAAGAUAACAAGCUCGACAAAGACGAUGCCGAUCCUCAAGACCUCGAAUACGUCCGCCAAAUCAAAAGGGUUUUGGAGCUUCUCCGCAAGAACAGAGACAUGCUCUUCAGUGAGGUUAAGUUAACCAUCAUGAUUGAGGACCCACGAGAAGUUGAGCGCAGGAGAUUGCUUGGCAUUGAAGAUCCCGAUACCCCAACAAGGGAAGAUUUAGCAGAAGCUUUGGAACAAGUGAAUGAAGGGAAAGUCCCGGAAAACCGGGUUGCUCUUCAGGUGCUGGCUGAAGAAAUGCUGCAAUGGCCCAACCUAGAGGUUGAAGCAACAAAGAAAAAACCCAGCAAAUCCUUAUAUGCAAGAGCCACAGAUACCGGUAUUGAUCCUCAAGAGGCUGCUAGGAGACUGAACGUCGAUUGGGAUACAGCUGCUGAGAUUGAAGAUGAAACCAAGGAUGAUAGUGAAGUGCCUUCAGUUGUGGGUUAUGGAGCGCUGUACUUAGUAACGGCUUUUCCUGUGAUCAUUGGUAUCUCAGUUGUAUUGAUUUUAUUUUAUAAUUCUCUCCAGUAGAAGGUUAUUUUCUUACCAUCUGACUUCACCGUGUAUAACCAUGCCUUUGAAGUAGAUCUAUUUCAGUGUCAUUGUUUCUCCACAACAGUUUGUAUAUUCCAAUCAUGAAAUGUAAUAAUAAUUUUGUUGUGUGAUGCUC